UUCUGAUAGCUCCUUCUGCCUUUUUCUGUUCGUUCAACUCCUUCACUCACUUUUUUUACCUUCGAGAUGCUCCUCGGGCUUACUGAUGUCCUCCGGAGCGGUUUCCUGCAAGUUUCAAGCAGUCCCGAGCCACCCACAAACGGCAUUGUCGACAGUCACUAUGUCCGAGGCAACGUGCAAGACCGCGGCCCUUGUCCAGGCUUGAAUGCGCUCGCAAACCACGGUUUCUUGCAAGAUGCCACCGCCUGACAUGAUUUGGCGAGACAGUUUUCUGACAACGUGCAGACCACGCGAUGGAAAGAACAUCACGAUUGCACAGGUCGAAGAGGCAUUAAUGCAACAUCUGCACAUGGACAGAGCUCUCGUCUCGUCCAUUGCCCGACCUCUCAACCAGAUUCUUCACCCUGAUCACACCUUCGAUCUGAUCGAUAUGCGGCGACACAAUGUGAUCGAGCACGACGCCUCCAUGACCCGACUCGACGCACGGCAAGGGGACAACUACACUUUCCAGCCCGCGAUGCUUCAGGCCAUGCUCGAGGAUGCAGAAGGUGGUCCCGUCACCGUCAAGACACUCGCCACAUCUUACAACCGGCGUCGACGCGAACGCCAAGCCGACGGAGGAGCUCCCAUUCCGCUGAAUCUCUGGUUCGUCAAUAUUGUCCAGACGGUAUCUUUCCUCAACACGGCAGCAGACGCGACGGGCGAUGAUGGUGGUGGCGAGGCCGAGUUGUCCUCCGAUGUCUUGAAACUUUUUUACGAGGAAGAAAGGAUAUCGGAUGUGAUCCUGGACAACCAUCAGACUCGCACCCUGUCAUCGCUCCUGUGGAAUGCCUCUAAGCUGAUGUUUUACGUGGCGAUGGGAUACUACAGGUGGUGGUAGAUCGAACCGAUCGGUCGAUCGCUGACA